CAAUGUCAAGAUUGUCUUGGGGAGCCACUGUAUUGCACUGGCUGUUGCAGGAGUCAACAUCAUUGCAAUCCUUUCCACUGGAUCAGUCAAUGGAAUGGUCAAUUCUUCAAGCAGAGUUGUCUCACUCAUGUCAGACUCAUCAUACACCUUGGUCAUGAUGGCAAACAAUGUCCAGUCCUCACAGAUAGGUGGGAUUUGUUCAAAGAAGAUGAGCAUGAAGACCAGCUUGAGCCUGAAGAUCGACCAUCUGUGUUGGGACCCAAGUUCCAGCUGAAGGAAAACACAAUGGUCAAGUCAGGAGUUCAUUACCUUGAGGUUUAA